AUGCCUGGCCCCCAUCGGAGCCGGAGGGAGCGGUUAGGGUUGCCAACGCGGUCCCCCCAUCUGGAGGUGGGAGACCUGAACUGCCUGUUGAUCAACGAGGAGGGGUACCUGCAGGACUCCAGUGUCUUGUACCCCGAACAUGGUGUCCCAGAGGCGGGUAACAGAGCUGACCACAGGGGGAUAACCUCCAUCCACUCUGGAAGCUCAGCCCACAACGACGACUUUGGACACUCUCUAAACCUCAGAGAUCGUUCACAAGAGCAGUUAACAGGAAGAGUGGGAGGAGGGGGGAGACGUCACGCCUGCAAUCAGUGCACCAUGACCUUCCCAGACUCUGGCUCCCUCAAGGCCCACAAGCAAACACACAAAACAGAGAGAGGGUCGAGUACAGGGUCAGGGUCUGGGCCUCCGUACUCCUGCACCCAGUGUGGUAAAACCUUCACCCAGGCCUGCAACCUCAAGGUCCACCAGCGGGUCCACCAGGCCAAGGGACUCCACCUCUGCAGCCACUGUGGCAAGGGCUUCACCUCCUUCUCCGACCUGAAGAGGCACAAGUGCAGCCAGAUGACAGACAAGCCCUACUGCUGCUCCAUCUGUGGGAACAAGUUCAGUCGGCUCUGGAACCUGAAGGUGCAUCAGCGCAUUCACACGCAGGAGAAACCCCACCGCUGCACUAUGUGUGACAAGAGAUUCACGCGGGCAGACAUUUUGAAAGUGCACCUGCGCACCCACACUGGGGAGAGACCGUACUGCUGUGCUGUGUGUGGACUCAGCUUCAAAAGACUGGCCCAUCUGAAGUCACACCAGCGCAAACACAGGCCGGAACUCCUGGACUGAUUUUUUUUAUUGCUACAUUUUUUUUGUCAUAUAGCAGACACUCUAAAAACAGAGCGACUUACAAUUAGUGCAUUCAUCUUAGGAUAGCUAGGUUUAUUAUUAUUUUAUUUGACAUUGAGAACAUUUCUUGUGAUCAGUUGUUUAUUAAUAAGGACAUGUUUGCUGUGAUCUAGUGGACUAUAAAAGAGACGUCUCUCCUAUUCUUAACACUUUGCCCAGUCAUAUUCAAUGUCAGAACUACUUUUCUAGGGGUUCUGAUGCUUCUAGCCUUGAUCUGUAUUUUUAUAACAUAUCUACAAUAUUUCACUUUUUAAUGUGUAUAGUAUUUCCUACUAUGUGUUGUCUAAUGAAUUCUGUAACCACUCCCUCUUCAUAUUGAUUGGUUGAUUGGAAAAUGCUGUUCAAAAGAGGACAUUGUAUUAUCAUAUCUUUGUACUCCCUGAUGAAGGCCAUGCAGCCGAAACGCGUCGGAGUUUGUAAUCUUUGUUUCCAUUGAACAUGUCAUACAAAUAAAUAUAUUUUAGUUAAUUAUAUUCAGAUUGCCUUGGUCCUCCUUUCUUUAUGAUGAAAAUAUGAACGGUUGGAAAUCUGUGUGUUGAAUAAGAAUUCACGCCAUACAUGGACCGUCUAUGAAUUGUCUUUCAUAAUGAUCAUGCCAACCUACCAUGAUUGUGUUCAAGUGCUUUUGAAGUCUGACCAAUUCAUCAACCAAUAAGAUUUUAGCUUGCUUGAUUGCUAGUUAACAUUGCUAAUAAUAAAAUUAGCUUGUGACAUGUUGAUAGGAUGGUUCAGCAUAAACAACAAAAUAAUAAUUAACCAAUCAACAACAAGUGAAUAUAGUCCUGUCAGAGCCAACAGUCUCAGUUCAAAACCUGAAUCCUACCAGAACCUUUGGUUGAGAGUGUGAGUCCUUAAAUGGAAGUGCAAGUCCAAAUAAAUGUUUGUAAACCAAAGGAAUCCCCCCCCCCCCCCUAGAUAUUUUCACUAGGGCCAGGACAACACCAGUAUCGUGAUAUUUUUUCCAUGCCAAAAAUGAAAACACGAAGCAGACUUAACUCUUUGGUCCUUUAAAAACCUGCUGUAUGUAAAAUACUGUGUGAUAUAGCCUGGAAGAUAAAUACAUGUGACUCUGGAUGACAACAUAAUGAUGUUUGUUUAGGAAGUUAACUUUGCUAUAGUGUUUUGUUUCCUUAUCACCACACUAGUGUUAUUCCGGUUCUAAUUUUCACCAAAGCAGUGGACUGUGAUAGAAAAGAGGCCUAAAAAUCCCUCUUAGCACACAGCAAACAAUGCUUGCUCUCUCUCACAAUGGGCUUGCAGUCAAUUCAAGAUGGCACCUGUGGGUUGGACAUGCCUCCCGACCACACCCAUAUCUGCAACCUUAAAGGCCGACUGCAUAAUAGGCCUUUAUAAUCCCAACACAGUGUAAUAACAUGGCCAAGACUAAGUACAUUCAGCAACACAUUAUUUUCAUCAUUUCAUUUAUUUUAGGGGCAACGUUUAAUUUCAUUUCACAUUGUGCUUUCUUGGUAAAGCAUGUUACAAGCUAGCUUGCUUAACAUUGACAAUAUGGUCAAACUACCUAUUCUGAAAAAAUAUAUAAACGCAACAUGUAAAGUGUUGGUCCCAUGUUUCAUGAGCUGAAAUGAAAGAUCACAGAAAUGUUCCAUAUGCACAAAAAGCUGACUUUAACAUUUGUUUACAUCCUUGUUAGUGAACAUUUCUCAUUUUCCAAGGUAAUCCAUCCACCUGUGAGGUGUGGCAUAUGAAGAAGCUGAUUAAACGGCAUGAUCAUUACACAGGUGCACCUUGUGCUGGGGACAAUAAAAGGCCACUCUAAAAUGUGCAGUUUUGUCACACAACACAAUGCCACAGAUGUCUCAAGUUUUGAGGGAGUGUGAAAUUGGCAUGCUGACUGCAGGAAUGUCCACCAGAGCUGUUGCCUGAGAAGUUAAUGUUCAUUUUUCUACCAUAAGCCACAUCUAAUGUGUUUUAGAGAAUUUAGCAGUACAUCCAACUGGCCUGACAACCAAAGACCAUGUGUAUGGCAUUGUGUGGGCUAGCAGUUUGCUGAUGUCAACGUUGUGAACAGAGUGCCCCAUGGUGGCGGUGGGGUUAUGGUCUGGGCAGGCAUAAGCUACAAACACAAUUGCAUUUUAUCGAUGGCAAUUUGAAUGCACAAAAAUACGGUGACAAGAUCCUGAGGCCCAUUGUGAGGCCCAUAAAAUAUAUAUAUAUAUAUAUAUAUAUAUAUAUAUAUAUAUAUAUAUAUAUAUAUAUAUAUAUAUAUAUAUAUAUAUAUGUAUUCCCAGUCAUGUGUCAUCCAUAGAUUAGGGCCUAAUGAAUUUAUUUCAAUUGACUGAUUUCCUCAUAUGAACUGUAACUCAGUAAAAUCUUUGAAAUUGUUGCAUGUUGUGUUUAUAUUUUUUUCCAAAUUGAUACAUUUGUAAUUGUCAAACAUUUAUUUGUUCUCAUCUUUUGGUUGAAAGGGUGAAGGGUCAGUGGUGAAACAUGCAACUCGGGUAACAAAUUUUUUUGUUUUUUGUCUCCCACUCUUAAUUAUGACUUAGAGGGUCAUUCAAGUGAAAAUUCCCAGUCUUUAAAGCAACUAGUUCAAACCUGCAGAACAUAAAAACCAUGACGUGAGACGUGAACUCAGUACACCUCAAUUUGAACUUGUUUUUAGGCUUCUAACUUUCCUAAUGAAUAACAAAUGAUAAAUAACCAGAAUUUAUGUUUUAAAAACAAUUAAUCAACUGUUAAUUCAAGUCUCAAUUCAAAAUCAAAAUUUUAUUUCGUGGCAUUUUUCUUCCAAACAACAAAAUAUUUGAUAUGUGUUAUCAAUCAAUACAUAAAAACAUAAAAGAACAAGUCCUUCCCAAUCACUGUGAGAAUAGAUUGGGAUCCCUGCGUCAUUAAAACUAACACUGCUGGAUUUUUUAAUUCACAGCGAAGAGAGAGGGAGCACUAGUGGGCAGUAAUAUUUGAUAUGUGAAUAUACAGUAUAUUAUAUAUACAUCACAUGCGACUCAUAAUGAGACUAAGCAGUUAGCCUAUUAAAAUGUUUAUCUGACUCCAUAAAGAUAAUUAAAAUAUACACAAGACUAUGGUUGAGUUACAGUAAUAGGCAAUGAAGAACGGUCUGAGAAUGGAAUUCUAAAUGCAAGUGUAUUUAAUUAAUGGAUUCAGCAUAAAGCUUAAGCUACAAGGCAAUACUAACAUAAAAAAAACCUGUAGUAAAAAAAAAACUGUUAUUUUGGACGCAGUAUUUGCCGCAUACUGCAGUUAUACUGCACUCUGACUGCAAUCUUUUUUCGUAAGGGCACUGCUGCAACAUGACCAUAAACGUUGCACCUGAAACAGCGCGGUGGAUUCUGCACAAAAGCUCUAACAGUAUAACUGAUAUAACCUAACUUUCUGUCGCCAAUUGGAUAGAAACCUAGUUUUGGACACGCUAUUCCCUAUCUAGUCCACGCCACUACCUUAGACCUGGGCCCGCAUAAGGCUGAGUGUGUGGCGGGAUAAAUCGCUUCCGUGUAGAUUUCCUGGAAAUCGUUUACACAAUAAAUAGCCUACUACGGUAAUUAUCUGUAUCUGAAUGUUAUUAUAAUAGCCGAAUUAUAUUUCGAAUCUUAUUUACAGUAAACUUACAAAGGUUUUGUUCAAAGAAAGGUCGUCUUUUCUCUCCAGUACGAUAAGGAUCGUUCCAAUUUAGAUUGUCCCACUACCCGAUCUGUAGGUUUGUUUCCGGAAGUCUUAUGUUUUGGUGUUGGCUCUGUAACUAGCUAGCAAGCAAACUAUCAUCUCUCAUUAACGCUGGUAUUUAUAUAUGUUUUUAUAUUUAUUAGAAUAGCCUCAUAUACAGUAACUGCUACAUCUUAUAUCACGAAAUGCUACAAAAAAAUAUAUUACUAGGGCAGUCACUGAGUCAGACAACAACUUCCAAUAGUAGCUAGCUUUGCUAGCCUGCUAACACAGACACAAGGUUUAGUUGGCAGUAUCUUUGCUGCUAACGUUAGCUUACUAUCAUUUUACUAGACUCGAUCGCAGGACUGAUUCGCCUGUACAAAAGUAGCUACACGUUACGAACUCUUAACUGUAGCUAGUUACACAUAGACAGUUUGCCAUGAUGUCCGAAGCCACCGUAACCUUCCAGUCUCAGCUCUCCGGAGUCAUGGAGACGGUAUUCAAGACUGCCAUGUACGAGAUCACAAGGCUGGUGGAGGAUAGCUUCCUGAAGGAGGUGUCCCGGAGCCGGGAGCAGGUUGAGUCGCUGAAGAAGCGGCUGCAGUGGUCGGAGAACAGACGCAGGGAGAGGGACAGAGACGGAGGUCGGACAGGGAAGUGUGGGGACUGUGGGAAGGCUGCCGAGGAGAGAAACUCUGGAACCUCACAGACA